CCGCUGGAGCCUCGGAUCUGAGAGAGACUGGUCGCCUUUUCCCUCUCCUCUCCUCUACUCUUUUUUGCCCUGUAGGUUCUUCAUUAACCCUUCGACUGGUGUAGCUAAUAAAUAUCCCAUAAUUAGUUCUGUCUGGAUAUACAAGGCGACCGCAAAGAAUCAGGAACAUGUUUUUAAGAACUUUGAUGGAUUUAUGAAUGAAAACACCUGCAUAUUGAAGCAGUUUCUCUCUCCAUAUCCUGCAACUUAUUCGGUGAUUUUGUGAAUUCUGCCGUACCGAGUGGAGAAAUGUGCUCGUGAGGAAGGGGAGAUGGGUCUUGUUGCGCUGUGACAUGCAUCGACUCAACCCGGUCAGAGCGAAAGCGAGUUUGUUUUGAGCGCAAGUUCGGUGGAGGAUGAUGAGAACGGGUCGUCCUGCUGAUCGCGUGCAGCUGUUGCUGCUGCUCGCGCAGCUGGUCCUGAUGCUCUCGCGGCCCGGGGAGGCUUGCCCGCGACCGUGCUCGUGCCAGCAACCUGGAGAGGUGCACUGCACGUUCCGCUCCCUGAUGGCCAUUCCCGCGGGGAUCCCACGGCAGGUGGAGCGCAUGAACCUCGGAUUUAACUCCAUCAGUCGGAUCACCGACUCCUCUCUGGUCGGACUCAGGAAGCUCGACCUGCUCAUGAUGCACGGGAACGACAUCCACAACAUUCCCGACGGUGCAUUCCGAGAUCUCAGUUCACUCCAGAUGCUGAAACUGAGCUACAACAAGCUGCGUGAGCUGCGUCGGGCCACGCUGUGGGGUCUGUGGAGCUUGACGCGCCUCCACCUGGACCACAACCGCCUGGAGACGCUCCACCCGGACGCCUUCCAGGGCCUGACGGGGCUGCGCCUACUGCAGCUGGAGGGCAACCGCCUGCAGCAGCUCCACCCUCAUGCCCUCUGCACCUUCUCCCUGCUGGGCCACUUCCCCUUCUCCACGCUGCGCCACCUCCACCUGGCCGACAACGCCCUGCGCGGCGUUUCCCCCGAGCUCCUGCGGGGGGCGCCCCUCCUGGAGACGCUCACGCUUCACGGCAACCCCUGGAGCUGCGACUGCGGCAUGCGCUGGUUCGGGGCGUGGAACCAGAGAGCGUCAGGUGUGUUGAAGUGUAAGAAGGACCGGGCGUACGAGGGGGGUCAGCUGUGUCCCCUCUGCUCCUCCCCCACCUCCCUCCAACAGAAGGAGCUGCAGCAGCUCGAUGACCUCACAUGCUCCGCGCCGGUCAUCAUCUCCGCCCAGCGGAGCUCCAUGCCCGAGGACACCGACAGCGAGGUCACACCCCCCGAGGAGUUCCGCCCAGCCCUAGGCAACGUCUCCCUGGGCCUGACGGACGAGCACGGCAACAAGGUGAACCUGGAGUGCAGCGUGCGGGAGAUGGACGGGUCAACCCGCGUCAGCUGGGCCCAGCUCGGUCCCGGUAGCAGUUCCAUCUCAGCCAACGUGUCGUUCUCCGUAGACCUGGAGUGCCCGAUGGACCGGGGCAACUACGAGCGUUUGUGGCGCCUGAUCGCCUACUACAGCGAUGUGCCGGCUCACCUGCAGCGCGAGGUGAUGCUGGAGAAGGAACCGAACCUCAGCUAUCGGUACCGGCAGGACCCGGAGCGCGAUGCACUCUACUUCACGGGCGUGCGGGCCAGCGUGAAGGCCAGGCCCAGCUGGGUCAUGCAGCCCGAGAUGGACCUGCAACUGAAUCGGCGCCAGUCCUCGGGAAAGCUAGUGCGGUUGCUGCUUAGCGCUCGGACCACACAGCACCUGGAGCCGAAGGAGGCCCGAGACCAGAACCGGGCCUGGGUGCUCAUUCAGAACCACAACCGCACCAGAACCGCAGUCACCACCGUGGUGGGUCAGUCGGUCGUGCUGGAGUGUAGCGUGACGAGCUCCGGUGACCCAGCGGUGGAAUGGGUUCUGCCGGACGGUUCGCGGGUGGCGGCUCCACACCGCGGUGCGAACGGGCGGCUGGCGGUGUCAGAGUCCGGCGAGCUGUCGCUCCGUGCGGUGGAGCACGGGGACGCCGGCCUGUACUACUGCGUGGCGCACGUGACUGGGGACUUCAGCGUGCUGCCCUUCCGCCUGGUGGUGGAGGAGUCAUCCAGCCCUCCGCCUGGAGGAGAGGGAGUGACGGCGCCCGCCUCGGGGUUCGCCGCUGACCGCGUGUUACUGCCCUGUGAGGCGUCAGGGUCGCCGGACGCCGAACGCCAUUGGAUCAUGCCGGAUGGCCACGUGGUGAGCCCCCACUCCAAUGCCACCCCACGCGCCCUCCUUGCAGCCAAUGGCUCCUUGGUCCUCCCCCAUGGCCAGAUCUCUGACAACGGCUACUACAAGUGUGUGGCCCUCAGCGCCCAUGGCGUGGACACGCUCGCCACCAAGCUCACACUCUCGCGUCGCCAGGGGCGACCACUGCAGAGGCCCCCAGUCCGGCCACAGGGGGCCAAGGGGGUGUCCACGCGUGUGAGGCCGAAGCUCCCCCAGGAGCAGACUGAGAAGCGGGAGGAAGAGGAGGUGGAGGGGGCAUCUGGAGAAGAGGGUGUCCAGGAGGAGGUGGAUCUGUCAGCGAGGCGCGGGGGGGAGGCCCCGUCGCCACGGAGACGGAUGAUGCAGGGAGGAGUGCGGGGUGGCGGGGGACACCCGUCACGGAACUCCUGGAGACGCCCAGGCAUGCAGAGGAAGCCCAUCAGGCCCGGUUCCCACGGCGCGGAGAGAGGCUCGGUAGAGCCGCCGUCACAGCCUCGCCGUCGGGUGGGUCUGUCAAACAAUCAGAUCGAUCCCGAGCGGUGGGCCAACAUCCUGGCCAAGGUUCGGGACAGAACCAAGGGCACCACGCCGAGUCCGCCUCUGACCACCACAGAACCACCCCUCACCUACAAAGCGACCGCUAGUAUGACACCAGAGCCAGUGUUCACCACAGAGCUCCCAGACGAGCAGGGAGAGGAGGAAGAGGAGGAAGAGGAGUCAGACACAGACACCACACCCCAAUCAGAACCCCCUAUGACAGACAGCCCACUGGACUACCCAGAGGAGGACCAGUUUGAAGAAACUACCACUCCAGAUCCUAUCACAGAAAGCCCAACGGCCCUUAGCACCCUCUACACAGAGGUCCAGACUUCAGAACAAACAACAGAACCCCCUCUUGACUUACACGACCCAGAAGAAGAGAACCCAGACUUUACCACGGAACCCCCUCUGGACUUGCACGACCCAGAAGAAGAGAACCCAGACUUUACCACAGAAAGAACCGGCCGGGACUCGGCCGGGCCUCCACUUGACAUCCAUCCUAUGCAGUACGCGGAGGAACAGACACACGUCAUCUACCAGAUCUCAGAGCCCGACACGGACACCGACCUAAGAGAACCCGACUUCUACGACUGGAGCCUGUUUGACAUCCUCUGUACGCUGAGGAACACAUGCCAUUUCACCAGAUUCAGAGUCUUCUACACGACACCCCACCUUGUUCACGGAAGUAUUAUAAACACCGAGGCCCGACAGACAGUCCUCGUCAUCAGCACCUCUUCAACCGAUGUUGCCGAGGAUCUGCCCAGCGUAGAGGGGGACAGUUUGGGUGCUCAUGUUACCACGGAUACCCCACUCACUGUCGCUUUUCCUGCCACAAAGGGUAGACGCACACACGUGACUCAGGGCAGGCGGAAACACACUCCUCAGGACAGACGCACACACACACACACACUCACAACUCAGGCCAGAGACCGACACACAGCAAGGGCCAAGGACACACACACACCUCAGACAAGACAAAGACAGAUAACUCAGGGGAGAAACAGACAAACAGCUCAGGGAAAAGACAGAGUUAAAACCCAGGAUGGACACAGACACACUACUACACAGUCUGGACAAAGACUCAGCGCUGAAGGUAAUCAGAAACAGACAACACCAACCGGCCAAAGCACUGAGGGUCAGCUAAGACAUACCACUCACACUGGCCAGGAAGAACAAAGACACACAAUUCAAACUGACCAAAGACUUAGCACUGAAACUGGCCAAAAACAUACCAAUCAAACUGGCCAAAAAGUCGAUACUGAAAGGGAUCAAAAACAUAAAACUCAAACUGGCCAAGAUAGCCAAAGACACACAACUCAAACUGACAAACGACUCAGCACUGAAACUGCCCAGAAACAUACCACUCAAACUGGCCAAAAUGGCCAAAAACACACAAGUAAGAGUGGCCAAAGUUUCAGCACUGAAAAUGAUCAAACACGUACCAUUCAAACUGGCCAAAGAGUCAAUACUAAAGAUGAUCAAAAACAUACCACUCAGAGUGGCCGAAGAGUCGAUAGUGAGAUUGAGGAAAGACAGUCCACUCAAAUUGGCCAAAGAGUUCAUACAGAGGCUGAGGAAAGACAGUCCACUCAAAUUGGCCAAAGAGUUCAUACAGAAGCUAAGGAAAGACAGUCCACCCAGACUGGCCAGAGACAUGCCUCAAGAGGAAGGGGAAGACACAGAACUCAGGGUAGGCAAAGAGUUCCUACUCUAAACAGACAGGGAAACAGGAAAUCCAGUGUUCAGGAUAAGGAAGAGCAGGAAGUACCCCGCAUGCCGCCUCAGAUAGAGGGAGUGUCAAGCACAGACAAGGGGGUGCGCAGUGAGCACGAUCAGGGAGAGCGCCCUCUUCCACGAGGCCAAGGAGAGCGUAACUUUGAGGGGAUGACACCUCUGCAGCUGCCCAGGACUCCCCCCACGGCCACCAGCUUUGCAGUGAAGCCAUACACCCGCCUCGCAACUCACCCAGCCACCCCUCACACCACUACCCCCACCCCUACCCCUAGCACCACCCUCCUUUCUAGUUCCACUCUGGGUUCCAUUACCCCCAGUUCCGACCCAGACCCCUCCUCCUCCUCCUCCGGCUCCGACCCAUCUCCCCAGGGCAGGGGUUCCCGGCGACGGGGUGGGGGGGGCAAACGCAAGAGACCCGGACGUGUCCGUAACAGGCCAAACGUCUCCCAGGCCCCUGAGCUCGUCAGGAGCCAUGCACAGCCCAUCACCCCUGCCUCCUCCUCCUCCUCCUCAUCCUCUCCACUGGCAGGACCCACGGUGGCGUCCAAACCCAGAAUAGAAACAUCGGGGUGGGCCAAGAGUGCAGCUGCCAGCCCCAGCUCGGCUAUUCCACUCACCGAGGGCCAGGCACCGUCAUCAGGCAGAGUGAGUCACAGGCACAACACUGACUCUUUAUCCAGCGCAGGGAAAGACCCGGCAUCAGGGAGAGACAUGGCAGAAAAGUCCUCAGCCUCAAAGCCUGACAAGGAGGGGAGAUAUCCAACCACACAGUCCCCAGUGUCACAGCCUGAGCUAGAAGGGAAGGGGAGAGACCCGGUGGCACAGUCUCAAGCAUCCCAGCCUGCACAAGAAGGGGAGGGGAGAACACCACAUGUUUCCACCACAGCCUCCCGAGCCUCACAGGAUACCUCUUCACUGGCUGCCUCUACGGAGCGUCUUUCCCCUCUAUCUCCUGAGUCCAGCUCCCCGUCUGAGUCAAGUCGUCAGGAGGGGGUCACAAGCUUCCAUUCACCUGCUGAGAAUCCGCUUGAAAAGACACACAGGACACUUGACAAGUCCUCCAUGAGUUCUCAUACACACAUACAACCAUCACUCACACAUCUACAGACAUCUCAUACACACAGGAAGACCAAUCACACGCACACAGACACAUCUCUCACACACACACACACACAUACACAGACAUCUGACACAGACACCAGAGUAGACCCCAUCACAGCAGAUCAGAACCCCAGUAGAGGUCUGGGUCAGACAACUAUUAACGAGGUUGACCAAGAACGUCGGGUUACCAUGGAGAAGCCCACAAUUACCAGAGAAACGGGAACCAUCCAGGCCCAACCCAAAACAUCCUCGGAUGGACAUACCCUCUCUGGAAGAACCUCAGCUGCUGCCGAGCAAUCAGAUCCUGACACAGACAAAGGGAGAGCCUCUCCUCCACGGAGAGUUAACAUGGCUAAAACCCUGCCAACCACUCAACCCUCUAGGCCAUCCAACCCCAACCCCAAACACACCACUUCCAUCACCACUACUGCUGCUACGCCCAGGGCAAGGCCACGUGUGCCCAUAUACCCAGACACGUCUAACACAAGAGCAAGAGGUGGCACCACGGACGGCCUGAAUCAGAUACAGGACACUCUCAGAGAGGGGGCCCCUCCCCUAGACUUGCCCAGAGCACAGAGCCCCAACCCAGGACAAACACACACAGGACAAACUAACCCAGGACAAACUCAUACACACACUGUACACAGCUCUAACCCAGGACAAACUCACACAGACACAGCUCACAGCCCUAACUCAGGACAAACUAACCCAGGACAAACGCACACACACACAGCUCACAGCCCUAACCCAGGACAAAUUAACCCAGGACAAACGCACACACACACAGCUCAUAGCCCUAACUCAGGACAAACUAGGCCAGGACAAACUCGCACAGACACAGCCCAUAGCCCUAACCCAGGACAAACUCUCACACACACAGUACACAGCCCUAACCCAGGACAAACUCACACAGACACAGCUUAUAGCCCUAACCCAGCACUAACUAGGCCAGGACAAACUCACUUGCACACAGUACAUAGCUCUAACUCAGGACAAACUAACCCAGGACAAACUGAUACACACACAGUGCAUAGCUCUAACCCAGGACAAACUCACACACACACAGUACACAGCUCUAACCCAGGACUAACUGACCCUGGACAAACUCACAUGCACACAGUACAUAGCUCUAACCCAGUACAAACUAACCAAGGACAGACAUACAUUAACAGAGGCAGAGGUUCUAGCCCUGGACAGACCACACAAACAGAGUACCGUCCUUACCCAGGGCAGUCUAAUGUUCAGAGAGAGAGAGUGCCUAGUCCAGAUCAGACUGGUAUCCAUAGAGACAGAGUUCCUAGUCCAGAUCAGACUGGUAUCCAUAGAGACAGAGUUCCUAGUCCAGAUCAGACUGGUAUCCAUAGAGACAAAGUGCCUAGUCCAGAUCGAACUGGUAGAGAGAGAGCUCCUAGUCCAGAACAAACUGGUAUCCAUAGAGACAGAGUUCCUAGUCCAGAUCAGACUGGUAUCCAUAGAGACAGAGUUCCUAGUCCAGAUCAGAUAGGUAUCCAUAGAGACAGACUGUCUAGUCCAGAGAGACCAUCUCUCCCCUCUGGUUCUGUUCUCAGACCCGACAGCUCUCCUGCCAGGCGCACCACACCUGUCCCUCCCACCACCCACGUGCCCCCUACCCGUCUUGUGCCCCCGCCCAAGAUACCCCCCUCAGGUGGAACUGCUGCCCGGCCCCAGAGCCCAGAUGCCUCCCAGCCAAGCCCAGCUGUGCCCACCACCCAUGAGAAGAGCCCAGAUGCCUCCCAGCCAAGCCCAGCUGUGCCCACCACCCAUGGGAAGCCCCGGAUAUCCUCCACUGGUGUCUCCACGGUGACGGUGCCAGCGGAGGCCGAUGCCCAUCUGCCCUGUGUGUCGAGCGGAGAGCCGAGGCCCUUCCUCUCCUGGACCAAAGUCUCCACAGGUGCCAGUGUGGCCCAGAACACUCGGAUCCAGCGCUUUGAGGUCCACUCCAACGGAACCCUCAUCAUCCGGAAAACACUGCCGUCAGACCGGGGCCAGUACAUGUGCAGCGUGCAGAACCAGUACGGGGAGGACCGGGCCGUGGUCUCGCUCGUGGUGCUGUCGGAGCACCCCCGGGUUGUGAACCCUAAGUACCGGGACACCACUGUGCACAUUGGCGAGUCCGUGGACCUGGAGUGCCAGGCCAAGGGCCACCCAACCCCGCGGGUCACCUGGGUUCUGCCGGACAGAGGGAUGGUCCACACGGGGGCGCUAUCGAGUGCAGGCAGCAAUUUCCAGAGGGUGGCGCUGUUCCCCAACGGCACGCUGCGCAUCACCCAGUCCAUCUACACAGACCGCGGCAUCUACAAGUGCAUUGCCAGCAACGCGGCAGGUGCCGACUCUGUCACCGUACGCCUGCACGUCUCCGCACUGCCGCCCACCAUUCUACAGGGGCGCCAUGACAACAUCUCGCUGCCCGAGGGAAGCUCCGCCUACCUGCACUGCUCCGCUCAAGGCACCCCACCCCCCACCGUCCGCUGGACCAGCCCUGACAACACGCAGCUUCGCCCCUCCCAGUUUGUGUCGGGACGGAACCUGUUUGUGUUCCCGAACGGAACGCUGUUCGUGCGGUCCCUGGGUCAAGCCGACAGCGGACGCUAUGAGUGUGCCGCCACAAACACUAUUGGUGCAGCCUGGAGGGCCAUCAGCCUAGUGGUCAUACCGGCGAUAGCCUCACUCCGCGCACACAUUACCUUCUCCUCACCCCAGAACACACAGGUGGGCUACGGCGCCCAGCUGCGACUCGACUGCAUAGCUGCCGGCAAUCCAGAACCCAGGAUCAUCUGGAGGACCCCCUCAAAGAAACUAGUGGACACCCAGUACAGCUAUGACCCUCGAUUGAACGUCUUCCCCAACGGCACCCUGGUUCUCCAGCCGAUGACGGAGAAGGACGAGGGCGACUACCUCUGCGUGGCUCGGAACAAGAUGGGCGACGACUACAUCCUGCUGCGCGUAGCCGUUGUUACCAAGCCAGCCAAGAUAAUGCAGAAGUCGUCGCUCAGUCAGGAAGUUACAUACGGCUCAGACCUUAGGGUGGACUGUGUGGCAUUGGGUCUGCCCAACCCAAAGAUCCAGUGGGCCUUGCCAGACGGAACCAUGAUCAACAGCAUCAUGACCUUUAACCCCAGUGCCAGUGGACCUGGUCGCUCACGCCGCUACGUGGUAUUUGACAACGGAACACUGUUCUUUAACGACGUGGGCAUGCGGGAGGAGGGUGACUACACCUGCUACGCUGACAACCAGGUGGGCAAAGACGAGAUGAAGGUCAGAGUGAAGGUCGUGUCAGAUGCACCAAUCAUCCGAAAUCAGACGCAGGGGCCGGUGCGCGUUCUCUACGGCGAAGCAGCCUCACUACGCUGUGAGGCGAAGGGAGAACCUGUUCCCACAAUCUUGUGGUUCUCCCCCGCCAGUCGUAUCAUCCCCACAUCUUCUGACAAGUACCGCAUCCACUCAGACGGAACCUUGGUCAUCCAGAAGGUUCAGCGUCUGGACGGGGGGAACUACACCUGUCUGGCUCGGAACAGCGCUGGACAGGCCCGCCAGGUGACACGCCUGGAGAUUCUGGUUUCACCGCCGACAAUCAACGGGCUGAGGGGAGGGGCCACCAGCGCACUGGUGCGUGGUGUGACAGACCAGCGGAAGCUCCUGGACUGCGUAGCGACGGGGAUGCCGGUUCCGCGCAUCACGUGGGUUCUCCCCAACAACGUGAUUCUGCCGGCGCCAUACUACGGCAGCAGGAUGACGGUGCACCGCAACGGAACGCUGGAGAUCCGCGGGCUGAAGCGCAGCGACGCAGCGCAGCUGGCGUGCGUGGCGCAGAACGAGGGUGGAGAAGCCCGUCUGCAGGUCCUGCUCGAGGUGCAGGACCCCGAGGAGAGGCCACCACCUCCUCCUCCACCCCAGCAGAGACCCGCCCUGCCUUCAACCCCCCUGCAGAUCCCCAAAACGGACACUCGCCCGCUCACCAUCGGCGCCCCGAUUCUGCUCAACUGCUCCCUGGCGGGUUCCCCCCCGGCUCCCCUUACCUGGGUUCUGCCCAACGGUUCCCCGCUGGCCAGCGGAGCCCGGUACUCCCGGUUCUACCACCGGCCAGACGGCAUGCUGCUCAUCAGCAACCCGACGCUGUCGGAGAGCGGGGUGUACAGGUGCGUGGGCCGCAGCAGCGCGGCCACGGGGACGCUGGUGGAGCGGAGUGUGGCGCUGGUUCCAGAGCGCCCCCCGGAGAUCAGCAGCCGCUACAGCGCCCCGAUCAGCGUCCUCGUCGGCGCUAGCCUGCAGCUGCACUGCCAGGCCAGACAGGGCGUCGCCCCUGUGCGGCUCAGCUGGAAACUGCCCACUGGUGUGGUUAUGACCCAGAGCCAGCGUGCCGGCCGCUACAACGUCCUGCCCAACGGAACGCUGUCCAUCUCGCAGGCGUCGGUGCACGACCGUGGCUCUUACGUGUGCCACGUGGCUAACGAGUAUGGCAGUGCCACCCUCACGGUGCCCGUCAUCAUCAUCACCUAUGCGCCACGCAUCACCAGCGGCCCCACGCUCACCACGCAGGCCCGACGCGGCGUCGCCGUGCAACUCAACUGCGCCGCCACCGGGCUCCCGCGCCCCGAGAUCGCCUGGGAGACACCCGACCGCACGCGCCUGGUGGUCAGCCCUCAGCCACGCCUCUUUGGCAAUAAGUACCUCCACCCCCAGGGGGCGCUCAUCAUCCAAAACCCCUCCCCCAGCGAUUCUGGCUUCUACCGCUGCACAGCACGCAACGUCAUCGGGGUCGACUCUAAGGGCACCUACCUGCGUGUACUCUAGUACUCUAGAACUAAACUCCAAUGUCAUUGGGAUAGACACAAAAGGCAUCCACCUCGACAUGUUCUAGAACUGUACUCCAACAUCACCAGAGUCAACUCAAAGGGGACCUAUUUGUGUGUGUUCUAAAAAACAUCUUCUGAGUGUUCUAAGGAUUCUUUCCUGUAUUCUAAAGAUUCCUGCACAUGUUCUAAAAGUACUUGCUUGUGUUCUAAGGAUACUUGCUUGUGUUUUAAAAGUACUUGCUUGUUUUUUAACAAUACUUGCCUGUGUUCUAAGGACACUAGCAUAUGUUAGAAAGAUAACUGCACAAUCUUCCAAAGAUAUCUAUCCUCCAAAGAUUAUAGGCAUAUGUGUGGAUUAUUGUCUAGAAAAAAAAUGAUCAUGCUUCGAAGACUUCUGUGAAUUCUCAACACCUACACAUAUUUGCUAGACGAGCAAGCCCCAGAGUCCUCCCCGUGUUCCUGGGCCCCUUGAUCCGAUUUCAAGAGCAGAACCGCCUCUAGCUGACAGCCAGAGCAGCAUCCCGGUCGAACAGAGCAAAGCAGAGCAGAGCAUAGCAGGCUUAUCAGGUCUCUGUGGUGGGACGGCUGUUAGUGCUUGUUUGCAGUUGGAAUGUCCUGACUUUAUUGGACGCAUAGUAGUGCUGUGCAGCGCGAUGCAACGCAACGUUUUCAGAGAACAUUUUGUCAGACGCCCCGUUUCUAUUUUCUCUAUGUCGCUCACGUUGCUCUGCUAUUUUGAAUGAGAAAUAUGACGCAACAGAAGGGCAUAUUUAACGAAUUCAGUGUAGACAGAUAACAUUGAAUGCUACAAGACAGUCGCUCGCUAGGAUCCGGUCGGGACACCCUGUCUGGCUGUGUGAGCACUGCUGCUGGAGCGGAAGUGACAUUUCUCCUACAUGUGCAGAGUGCAGCAGAGGAACAUUCUUCUUUCUACUGAGCAAAAUGACAAAAUUAUGACAACAUUAAAGCAACACCAAAGAGUUUUUUGUACCUUAAAAUAAUGUUUCCAAAAUCGUUUUAGUGGUUCAUCAACU